GCUGCGCCUUCGCGCCGCCGGCGUCCCGGGCGGCCGGGGAAGCCUCCGGGCUCCAGCAGAAGCUCCUGCAGUGCCUCAAGCUCCUGCCAGCCGAGCGGGUCCUGGAAAAUCGUGGAGGGUCCUCGAGUUCAAGCAGUUCUUCUGUGAGCUGCUCUCGGAGUAGUCCCAGAAAGGGCGGGAGCAGAGCAAGCAUAGCAAGUGGUGACUGGAGGCACCCGAUGUAGUCAUCCGCCCUUUCCCCGUCUCCUCGACACAAGAAAGUUUUAACAGUGACGCAGUCCUUGAACCAGGGUCCUUGGUCUUGCAGCACGGCCGUGACCGAACAAAAGUCGUAAAAUCAACCGCAAGCAAACCGGAAGACUACACGCAGCGAGGCAGCGAGGCACGGACAUGGCGCGCUGGAAGGGGGCAUGUUACCUGCUGCUGCUGCUCCUGCUGCUGCCCGCCACGCUGGACACGGUCGACGCCCUGGUCCACGCCGAACGGAGACCAGAGUUUCCUCGCGAUGCCCGCGACUUGAUGGUUCGUCUGGCUCGGGCGAUAAGUGGGUUGGCCCAAGGGCUGGCCCUGGACAACGCGUACCGGCCGCACCGGCAGUCCGCCCGCGGCGCGCCGGGGAAGCACUUUAGGGGGACGCGCGCCCUGGUCGCGGCCAGCGGCUACCCACUGGAGGCCCACGAGGUCCGCACGCCCGACGGCUACUUCCUGAGCGUGUUCCGCAUCCCGCGGCCGCGUCGGCCCGUCGUCUUCCUCAUGCACGGCCUCAUGCUGUCGUCCGCCGACUACUUCACCCUCGGCCGCGGCCGCGCCCUGCCGCUGCUGCUGCACGACGCCGGCUUCGACGUGUGGCUGGGCAACGGCCGCGGCAGCAUGGAGUCCCGCCGCCACGAGGACAGGCACGCCGACGACCCCGGCUUCUGGGACUUCACCUGGCACGAGAUCGGCGUGCUCGACCUGCCGAGCUGCAUCGACCACGUGCUGGCCGCCACCAACCAGUCCGCGCUGCACUACGUGGGGCACUCCCAGGGCACCACGACCUUCUUCGUCAUGGGCAGCGAGCGGCCCGAGUACAUGGCCAAGGUGAAGGCCUUCGUCGGCUUGGCGCCCGUGGCCUUCGUCAGGGACAUCCGCAGUGACCUCAUCCGAGUCACCUGCGACCUGGGCGCCCCGGCUUUCCUGAGGCACAGGGGCUUCAUGGAGCUGCUCCCCAACCCGCCGUUCAUCAGCGCCCUCAAGCAGCUGCUCUGCAGCCCCGGCGCCGCCACGCAGCCCCUCUGCUCCGCGUUCCUGUCCCUCAUCUCCGGCUUCUACUCGAAGCAGGUCAACGUGACCAUGAUGCCGUCCCUCUUCACCAACUUCCCGGGCGGGUCCGCGCUCAAGCAGCUGGAACACUACUGCCAGCAGUUGGCGCUCGAGGAGCUGGACUUCAGGCAGUUCGACCUGAAGGCCCGCGGCAACCUGGCCAGGUACGGGCAGGUGCGGCCGCCGGCCUACAACCUGAGCCGCGUCACGGCGCCCUGCUACCUCAUCCACGCGGACAACGACGUGCUGGCCGUGCAGUCGAACGUGGAGGCGCUGUCGCAGAGGCUUCCCAACGUCCCACCGGACGGCGUGCGCCUAGUCCGCCUCGCGGAGUUCAACCACCUCGACUUCAUCUACGGCCGGGACGCCAAGGAGCUGGUCUACGACCACGUCCUCGCCUACAUUGGUCGCCAAGAGAGGCUGCCAACGUGACGUCACCUCCCUCAGGUGCAGCCGAGCGCAAAUGCAUUCAGACGCCAAGUCGAAUCCACUGGUCAUGACGUUGAUUGGAUUUGGACGCACAGAGCAUUCCCACGGCUUCCAAAAUUUUAAAAUGGUGGAGAAGUUGGCAGAGGCGCGGGCGAAGAAUAAGAUAAGGUCAACCUCUAGUACAACUGAUAAAAAGUACGAAUUACAUGUAAGUAUUUAGAGGAUAUUUUUCCAACUGCUCCAUUUGUUCUUGCAAAUGUUAAAAAAAUAUUUAAAUAAAUUUUGAAGAGAGAUGUUGCAACAGCAACUGAGGGAACAGGUGUCAAUUAUAAAAAUAAGAUAGUAGGGUGCCAAUAUUAAAUUUUAAUCCAGCACAAGCCAUUUUUUUCUGUUUUUUUUUUUUUUUUUUUUUGUUAUUUUUGAUUUUUAAAAUGUGAUUACAGCAUUUGUUCCCAUGACAUGUUUUGCGGAAUACAUUAUAUAAUCUUUGUCAGAAGAAGUGAUUGAUUGAACAUGACAUAGCCCAUAUAUUACCAUGGAGAAGUGAUGGAUACAAAUAAUAUUUGAGCAUUACCAGAUGUUAAGAAACAAACACA